AGAUGAGAUGAGUGAUAUUCUUCCACGAUGUUGAAAUGCUGCAAUGAGAAUUAUCUUUCCGGUGUUGAGAUCAUUUAAUCGUUUGCUUCGUGUCAAUAGUAGUUUAUUAGUGUCCACCAUGUCCGAGUCAAGUGAGAAGUUGAGUAAAAACGAGUUGAAACGUAGACUUAAAAAUGAGAAGAAAUUAAAAGAAAAAGCUGAAAAAGAGAAACAAACUCUGGAAAAUUCAUCUAAAUUGGUCAAUGUUGGAACUGGUGAUGGUUCAUCUUCUGGUCCUUCGGCUGGUGUAAUUAAUGAAGAUGAAAUGGAUGAGAAUCAAUUUUAUCUUCUACGAACCCAAAUGAUUGACAAUCUUAAAGCCAAAGGAGAAAAUCCAUUUCCACAUAAAUACAAUGUAACCAUUUCUCUAUCGGAAUUCAUUGAAAAAUACUCAUCACUUUCUGAUGGUCAAGUCUUGGAGGAUGUUAAAGUGAGCCUUGCAGGUCGUAUUUUUGCUAAACGCGAUUAUGGGGAAAAGUUAACUUUCUAUGAUCUUAGAGGUGAAGGAGUAAAGAUUCAAGUUAUGGCCAAUGUUCAAUAUUAUCCUACACGUGAAGGUUUCGUUGAAAUGAAUGAUAAAUUAAAGAGAGGUGAUAUCAUGGGUUGUACCGGUUAUCCUGGUAAAACAAAGAAAGGAGAAUUGUCAAUUAUACCUGUUGAGAUGACACUUUUAACACCUUGUCUGAGAAUGUUACCUGCCCUUCAUUUUGGAUUAAAGGAUAGAGAGACUCGAUAUCGUAUGAGAUUUUUGGAUUUAAUGUUAAACGAUUGGGUUAGACAAAAGUUUAUUGUUCGUUGUAAGGUUAUCCGUUAUAUUAGAUCAUUUUUGGAUCAAUUGGGAUUCUUGGAGGUGGAAACACCAAUUCUUAAUAUGCAACCCGGCGGGGCAACAGCUAAACCCUUUAUUACUCAUCAUAAUGAGUUAAAUAUGGAUCUUUUUAUGAGAAUCGCACCCGAAUUAUAUCUUAAAAUGUUGGUUGUCGGUGGAAUGGAUCGUGUCUAUGAGAUUGGUCGACAAUUUCGUAAUGAAGGAAUUGAUCUUACUCAUAAUCCAGAAUUUACCAUGGCUGAAUUUUACAUGGCUUAUGCUGAUUAUAAUGAUCAGAUGAAAAUUGUUGAGACCAUGUUAAGUGGACUUGUUAAAUCGGUACAUGGUUCAUAUAAGGUUACCUAUCAUCCAGAAGGACCAGAAAGUGAAUCAAUUGAAAUUGAUUUUACUCCACCUUUCAAGAAAGUUAGCAUGUUAACUGAAUUGGAGAAAUGUCUUGGAGUUAAAUUACCUCCAUUAGAUGAAUUGGAAUCAGAUGAGGCUAAUAAAUUUUUCUCUGAUCAAUGUGUUAAACAUGAGGUUGAUUGUGCACCACCUCGAACUACUUCACGAUUAAUUGAUAAAUUGGUUGGUCAUUUUAUCGAGAUAAAUUGUAAUAAUCCAACCUUUAUAACUGAUCAUCCGGUUGUUAUGAGUCCAUUGGCUAAAUAUCAUCGAGAUAAUCCUAAUUUAACCGAAAGAUUUGAAUUGUUUGUCGGUCAACGAGAAGUUGUCAAUGGUUAUACCGAAUUAAAUGAUCCAAUUGUUCAAAGACAACGUUUUGAAGGUCAAGCAAAAGCAAAAGCCGCCGGUGAUGAUGAAGCUCAAUUAGUUGAUGAAACUUUUAUCACUGCCCUCGAAUAUGGUUUACCCCCAACCGGUGGAGUUGGUAUUGGUAUUGAUAGAUUAUCAAUGUUCCUAACCGAUUCCCAUACAAUUAAAGAGGUUCUCCUAUUUCCAGCAAUGAAACCCGAUGAGACCAAAGCUAAGGACGAUUAAUAAUCAAAUCCAACAACAAAAAAAGAGACACAAUAAUUAACCAAAGUCAAAAUAAUAAUAAUAAAAAUCUUUAAACUGAAAACAGAGAAGUGAAGAAAAAACAAACCCCCAACAAAACGAAAUAAUUUAUGUUCAACUUAAUUACUCUAAAUGAAAAAGAUUUUCAAAUUGUAAACGAAGAAAAAAAAAUCAAUCCAAUUGGCUCCAAUCAAAUCAACCACAAUUAAAAAUGUUUCCAAUU